CUGUUCUGUUCUAGAAGUCAAGGUGAAUUGGAAGUGACUCAAGAGGAGAGCAAUGCUGGCUGCCAGGACCUGCUUCAAUUUCCCCACAAGGACACUGCAACUGAAGGAUCAUGCUAACCAUGUGAGGCUUUGGCAGAGGCUAUCUUCAGCUGCUACCUUAGCUGCAAGUCGCUCCUAUGCAAGUCACACAGAUGGGGGCAAUAAAGCUGUGCUUGUCACGGGAUGUGACUCAGGAUUUGGAUUUUCAUUGGCUAAGCAUCUACAUGAUGAAGGAUUCACAAUAUUUGCUGGUUGCCUCUUCAAGGACAAGGGAGAUGCCGGCGUGAAGGAACUGGACAAUAUGAAGAGCCAUAGAAUGAAGACUGUUCAGUUGAAUGUGGUAAAACAGGAAGAGGUAGACAGAACUUUGGAAAUUAUUAAAGAUAAUUUGAAAGACCCAGACAAAGGUUUAUGGGGUGUUGUUAACAAUGCUGGAAUAUCGACAUUUGGAGAAGUGGAGUUCACCAGUAUGGAAACUUAUAAAGAAGUAGCUGAAGUAAACCUUUGGGGUACAGUUAGGGUUACCAAGGCCUGUCUCCCUCUCAUUCGCAGGGCUAAAGGCCGCGUGGUGAAUAUUAGCAGCAUGUUGGGGCGCAUGGCAAAUCCAGCUCGUUCCCCAUACUGUAUCACCAAGUUUGGGGUAGAAGCGUUUUCUGAUUGCCUGCGCUAUGAGAUGCACACAAUGGGAGUGAAGGUCAGUGUGGUUGAACCUGGGAAUUUCAUUGCAGCCACAAGCCUCUACAGUCCAGAAAAAAUCAAAGCAAUUGCUGAAAAAAUGUGGGCCGAAUUACCUGAAACUGUGAAGAAAGACUACGGGAGAAAAUACUUUGAUGAGAAAAUCGCCAGAAUGCACACGUAUUGUAACAGCGGCUCAACGGAUACGUCACCUGUCAUUAAAUCUGUCACCCAUGCUUUAACUGCGACCACCCCGUACACUCGCUACCACCCUAUGGAUUACUACUGGUGGCUUAGAAUGCAGGUCAUGACUCACCUGCCUGGUGCUAUAUCUGAUAAGAUUUAUAUUCAUUAGGUAUGAUGAUUAGAUUUAGGUCAUUUCUAAUCAAAGAACUUUGAUUUCAUCUGCAG